AUGAGGUCCCUGAACACCGUGCCUGCUUAUAUGAAUCCAUACUCUAUUGAGGAUUCUACUACUGGAACUUUUCCUUUGUUUCCGCUGCAACAGUUGAAGGCAAGUGGAUUGCACGACUCUCCUAAUUGGUUUUAUUGUCUGUCUCGUUUCCGUCAGGCUUUUGCUCCUGUAUCGAACUCUCUGCCCACAGAGGAAAAUCCUGCGGGCCCAUUUGAAAAUUUGGGACGAAAAGGUUGUCCUGACAUGGGUAAGAAAUGUAUCCAGAAGAAAUUUCUCGUUUUUGAUAAAUCUGGCGAUAAAACUACCUUGCUAUACAGUUCUGGAGCCAAGACUCCAGUUCAAUGUGCGACUUCUUGGGGGCCAAAGCCUCCCUCCACUCUUAAUUUGACUAAGGGAGAGCAAGGGGAUUUCACAUCUCCACUGGGGCCGCUUUUCAAGGAUGAAUGCAUCAAAUAUAACUACGAAGAUGAUUUGGAAAGUGAGAUGCAUGAAGACACCGAAGAACUGAAUGCUCUUCUCUGCUCUGAUAGUGACAGUGAUUUCUCUGAGGAUGAUGAAGAGACAAGUACGGGUCAUUCACCGAGCACUAUGACUGAUAAUGGCAUUCAGGAGAUGGUUGAGGAAAGGAGUGACAAAGGUUCUAAGUAUGUCAGGCCAACAAAAAGGCAGAAAUUGCUAGAUUUAAAUUAUGAUGUACCGUCUCUUGUAUAUUCUUCAAGAUCUGCUAAAACUCAUACAUGCUCUGAGUUGGAGGAUGAUGCAGAAUCCAGUUGUGGCAACGGCAUUAAUCAAGAAUCAAAAAUAUUGUGUUCCUUAUCCGGUAGAAAAAGGUCAAGGAAAGAGAGAAUACACGAAACUGUGAACAUUCUGCAGGGUAUAAUUCCUGGCGUUAAGGGUAAGAAUGCAAUUGUUGUUAUUGAUGAAGCAAUUGCUUACUUGAGAUCCUUGAAGGUCAAAGCCAAAGAUUUAGGUCUUGAACCACAAUAA